AUGGAGACUAUCUCCCGGAUAUCGUCCAUGCUGGAAACAGCUCGAGAGCUCACCCUCGAGGCAGCGCAGUCGGCAGCAAUAACCAGAGGGUCCACCACGGGUCUUACGUCUCGUAAUCUGGCCACUUCACACAUUAAAAAGCUUCUCGAUAGUCGCAAUGAUCGGGAAGUCCUGGACGGUAUGCGCAGGGUAAUUACGUUGAUGUACCGUGGCGAACCUUCUCUUCCUUUUUUCUCCGCAGUCGUCAAGAAUGUCGCAAAUGCGAAUAUUGAGGUCAAGAAACUUGUUUACAUCUACCUGGUUCAUCAUGCCGAGGCAGAGCCCGACCUUGCGCUUUUGUCCAUCAAUACGAUACAAAAGUCACUUACGGACCAGAGCCCCCAGGUACGGGCCAUGGCUCUUCGUACAAUGUCGGGCAUCAGAGUCCCGGUUAUCAGUCAAAUCGUAUCUCUUGCAAUCAAACGUGGGUGCGGCGAUAUGAGCCCGCAUGUCCGCAAAGCAGCAGCAUUGGCCAUUCCGAAGUGCUAUCGCCUAGAUCCAAAUACUCUACCACAGCUAAUAGGCUACCUUUCUACGUUGCUUGGCGAUACCCAAUAUUUUGUCGCUGGACCUGCCGUCUCCGCUUUCCUAGAAGUUUGUCCCGAUAGGAUCGAUCUUAUCCACAAGCACUACCGCGGCUUGGUCAAGAAACUUGUUGAUAUGGAUGAAUGGGGCCAGAUCGCAACAUUACGCCUUUUAACGAUCUAUGCUCGAAAGUGUUUCCCCCCUAAAACCGAAAAAGUUAAACAAGCGGUAUCGAAGGGCUUCUACGAUGAUGAGGAUACAGGAGACAACGAGGGAGGGAGGGAGUACGAAGUACCCAUAUUAGAUCCUGAUCUUGAUCUGUUUCUACGGUCCUGCAAGCUGCUUUUGCAAAAUCGGAAUUCCGCCGUCAUUGUGAAUAUUGUCCGCAGCUUCCUUUAUCUCGCCCCCUCGGAAUAUCUCUCUGCCGUUGUUGGUCCCUUAGUAGCUCUCCUCCGAAGCCCCCAAGACGUGCAGCAUAUUGUUCUCUACAAUAUUGUCGCUGUUUGCUUGCGCCAUCCAGCUCCUUUCAGGAAAUACGUCUCUCAUUUCUUGGUGCACGCCUCAGAUCCACCUCAUAUAUGGCGCCUAAAACUCGAGAUUCUCACAAUCAUUUUCCCUCACUGUGGUCUACACUUAAAGGGCGUGAUCAUUAGCGAACUCGAACAUUUCUCACAGGGAACGGAUCCAGAGCUGGUGCGCGAGAGUGUUCGCGCCAUUGGGCGCUGUGCACAAAGUGACCCUAGCACAGCUGGUCAUUGUCUUCGCCUAUUGUUGAAUCAGAUUAUAAGCUUAGACGACAACCUAGUGUCGGAAUCAUUGACUGUCAUCAGACAUCUAAUCCAGCAAGACCCGGCUUCGCAUGAGCAAACAGUCAUUGAGUUGGUGAAACAUCUUGGAUUGACGAAUAACCCGGACGCUAGGGCGACUAUUGUAUGGUUAGUAGGAGAAUUUGCAGGUGCAGAGCCAGAGAGGAAUAUUGCACCAGAUGUCCUUCGAAUUCUGGCAAAGGAUUUUGCCAAUGAAGCAGAAGUUGUGAAACAACAGAUUAUGCUCCUAGGAGCUAAAGUAUACCUACACCACCUGUUACGGAAUCCUCCCAAGGAAGAACCUCAGGCAAGUCCCAAGGUCGAACAACAGUAUAAGAAUGAAUGGACUGAAGACCAGGACGACGAGAAAACUGAAAGAAGUAGUCACGAUCAACAGCCGGCUGAACCGGAGGAAGACAGGACCACUCUCCUUUGGCGAUAUCUCCUCCUCCUUGCUAGGUAUGACACUUCAUAUGAUCUACGUGACCGUGCCCGAAUGUACAAGGCGCUUCUGGCCUCACCUUCUUCGACACAGCUUGCGAACUUGCUACUUCUCGCACCAAAACCAGUACCGCACACCCCUAGCCCAUCCGAAACACGAAAGGAUCUCUUAAUUGGCUCUUCCACCUUGAUUGUUGGCCCAGAUGCGGGCCCCCAUGGUCUCUCUGGCUAUCAAAACCUCCCUGACUGGGUUGAGUUAGGAAAGGAACCUGAUCCUAGUCUCCGGGAACCGGAUAUUAAACCGGAGCUUGUAGAGAAAGCACCCGUGACUGCAGGUGAGCGUCUUGACAAAGCUCUACGUGAGCACGAACACACCAUUGCAUCUGCAAACAGGCCGCCGAACGGGCGCAUGCCAGCAGCGACCUCCUCGGCAAAGAACAAGUCUCUUGACCAAUGGCUAGAGGAUGAUGAGACCGAAGAAGAAACAGAGUCGGAGGAAGAGGUAACAGACUCUGAGGAAGAGGAAACCGAAGAGGAGACUGACGAUGAGGAGGAAGAUGACGAGGAAGAAGAAGAAGAAGAAGAAGAAGGGACCGAAGAGGAGACGGAUUCAGAUGACCGUGAAGAAGCAAGACAACUCCUAACGCAGAGUAAUACUCGGUUUUAA